AUGGGCCACAAACCGCUUCUCUUCAACUUCUUGUUGCACCUUCGUCUUCCAUUGGCCAUCACUGCGGCAGAGGAUAUUGUACCUACACAAGCAUCUUUGCCCCCCGGUUUUGGAGUUGUUUUGUUUUUCUUCAUGUCGGCUGGAGGGAUGGCAACGAGGUCCUAUUGUUGGCUGACCAGCGCGAACGGUUACAUCCUCCGUUUUACUUUGCUCCCGGACUGCAUGCGCCAAUAA